AUGGCAUCUCGUCUCGUUUCGCGGCAGCUCGAUGAAAAGCAAGUGGCAAAACUGAAGCUGCGAUGGAAUCGGAUGCAUAAAUUCAUCGCCAACGUUUUCGAUACCACAUCCAUUCACGGUCUCACGUAUCUCACAAAAGGCGGCUCGCAUGCAAUUGAACGAUUUUUAAUUGCUGUAUUCAUCGGCGUUGGCAUCUACGGCGCAAUUUCCAUCUCCAUGAACACCGUCGAGCGUUACAAUGAGAAUCCGACAGUCAUCUCGAUGGAUCGCAACAUGUUCUUCUGGAACACGAGUUUUCCCAGUUUGACGAUUUGUCCGCACAAGAAACUCGACAACGUGAAGCUGGAGCACUACGUGCAAAAUAAUCCAUCAAAAUUUUCGACGGAUGAGCUGAAAGCAGAAUUCAAGCGUUUCAUCACGAUUCUGUCGAAUGCCACAUACGAGAAUUUGGAGGAUAUCCCGAAAAAUAACACAUUUGACAUCGACAGUAACGAUUGGCUGGAUUUGCUGUAUAAUUUAUCGGCGAAAUUCAAUCCGGAAAUAUCGAGUGGCACUUCGUCCAAGUUGUAUAUGGUCGAUACAAUAACCGAGCUGGGCUUUUGUCAUUCCGUAAACACCAAAAUUGCCGGAUACAAUUCGUAUGCAUACCGAAAAAGUAACAGUUGGCACAUACUGCCGUACAACAAUACGGUCGUCGUUCAUCCGCUAGAUGGUGAAAUUUAUGCAUUAAUCAUCAACUUUUCGUCCUCUUAUGAGCUCUACUUUCACGGCGCGAUGGAAGUACCGGACAUUUCAAAGCAACGAUACACCUUUUACGAAUCGGAUUAUACAACCGUUGAACUCGUUGCACUGGAGAUCAUCACCAAUGACGACGUAAAGGACUUAAGAAUCAGACAGCGUAAAUGUCGUUUCAUGAAUGAGGCUGACGUUAUGAUCAGCAAUCCGGUUUACAGUUUUAAUCUCUGUCGCAUGGAAUGCAGAAUGAAGAUGGCAAUGAAGUAUUGUGGUUGCAUCCCGCAUUUUUAUCGCAGAACAGAUAGAAAUGGUCGAACGUAUCCCGUUUGUGGCUUUGAGGGACUCAAUUGUAUUUCUAGCAUGAAACAGGAAAUUAUUUCCCUGGACUCGAAAACAAAAAAGAUUGACUGUCAUUGUUACGCAAACUGCGAUAAUUCGCACUUUUUUGUUCAGGCUUAUCGAUCACGUGAAUGGUUUUUGGGUGCAAACUUGCAAUGGGGCAUCAACGAUUAUCCAAAAAUGCAGCUGAAACGAGAAAUGAUUUUCACUUUUUCGGAUGUGCUUGUGGGCAUCGGCGGCUUAGCAGGCCUCUUCCUCGGUUUUAGCAUCCUGAGUUUUGUGGAAUUGGCAUUUUUCUUCGUAUGGCGCGUCAUCAAAGAAUUUUACUUAUCAUAA